CGCGGGCGCACGGCUGUUCCUCUCAUCACGAACGCGUCAGGGAUAUCUCCUUUUCCAAUCAAGAUUGCAGUUAAAGUUGGCGGGGUCGAGCUUGGGUAGUGUGUAUAGCUUCCGUGUUGUGCAGAAAGAUGUUGCAGAUGCGAUAAGCACAAGAUGUAUGUUUCAAGACUUUGUAUUGAUUUUUUGUUCGAUUUACUGGCGCUACUUAUCUCUGGGGUUCGUCAUGGCUACAACAUGUGUGAAGGCAGCCCUCUACACUUCUAGAAUUGGCAUCACCACACAAGGGCUGGAUGCGGUGUGUCCAUCGGUCGGUUUCGUUCACCAACAUUUCACAUGCACAUUCAAGGCGUGCUCCGUACGUGCCGUCUUUGGAUCUAACACGAAGUACUGGCUUUAUCCACCUAUAAGUGGUUCGCGCAAAGAAUCACAUAAGCAUUGAAAACGUUUAUCUGGCAGUCUGAUGGUUUGAAGUGACACUUGAAGCUUAUUGCAAUUCUAACUAAAAGUCUCCCUUCC